AAAGAUGCUCCACUGGAAAGGGUACCCAUCCUGCCUACCCAACUGCAGACACUGACAACAUUCACCCAUUUGCUUGAAGCAAAGUUCUAGUGAGGCAUAUGGGGGACAAAUAUUUUUUAAUCAGAGGCCUAGACAUACUUAGAAAGGGCCUAAAGCGGACUCUGAUUUCAGUUUCUGAACAGGCGCAGCGAAGGGGUGUAAAAUACGUAGACUUAAAGGGUAGGGGGCACCCAAAGACAACCCGGGAAGCAAGGAAGCGGGGCUUUAGAUUUGUGUUUUCCUGAACACAACUUUACAAAAGAGGAAGCAAUACAUUUUAUUAAGUUUCUUGUAACUGCAGGAGGCUGACCUUGGAGAUUCGAAAAGAACUGAAAAACUCGGGUCCAAAAAGUGACAAAGUGAACUUGUUAACUCUCGGGAUGGAAAGGAGGGGGCCUAAAAGCCAUUUGUCCCGUGCCAAACACUCUCAGAAGAUGGAGUUUACAUUCGUUUGGCGGGAAACUGCGGGCAGAAAAGUGGUACAUGACCAGAGGAGCAUCAAAUUAGUGGUAGACCCGUAACUACAACUCUUGUCUGCUGAAAUAUGUCCAGUGCUCUUUGCACCUUUACCAGCUGCCUGUCACUCUCCAUUUCCACGAGAUAGAGUCAAGGACACAAAAGCCAGCUCAUCCCACGUGAGAUGACCUUAUUGCCAACAAAAGCACAAGGCAUGGGGCAAAGUGCGAGAGCACCUAUGUCUGACCAUCUUGGACAUUCUGAAGAAAGGGUGGAUCUUCUUCCUGAAAAGAAUUCCAAUGUGAGUCAGCUGCCACUCAGAAGCCUUAUUUGAAGCAGCCUUCAAGGCCAUACAUUCCAGUGCCAAGCAGGAAAAAAAGGACACACACUAAAAGAAAUGUAAGGAACCUGAGGAGCGAUUGUCACAGACUAAAUUGCCCCUUCCACCUAAAAGGAUGGAAGAAAACUGAAGACAGUGGACGAAGGAAGAAACGAUGAGGGCACAAGACUGUACUGCCACCAACUAUGCAACUACUACUCAUGAAGGGCUCCAACGACCAGUCCAAAAGCCCGAUUCCCCCACCCAGUGCUCAGAGGGCUCAAUUCUGUAAUACAGCCGCCGCACUUCCAGACCCCAGCCAAUAGCAACCCAAACUUCGCAGCCAAUUAGAGCCCUGCGCUUUUUCUGGCGUUCUGCGUGCUGCCCUGGAGACGGGUUGGACCGAUCCAAACGCGGAGGGGUGCGGAACUCGCAAGGCCAGUUACCGACGCUCUGAGCCUUGCCUUCCCAAGCACGUUCUACCCCGGUUUGGGGUCGAUCGGUGAACUCGUCCUAACGCUGGGCGCGGGGCCAUUGAAGUUGACUUGGGGCUCCUGAAGUUGACCCUAGCGGCUCCACUUCUCGGCCGUAACUGCUCAGCCAAUCAGCGCUGGUCGCUCAAACCGGCGUUCUGCGUGCUGCCUUGGAGACCGGCUGGCCGAAUCCAAACCCGGAGGGGUGCUUCACCUACACGGCCUCACGGUGCUCUUUUCGCGUCCCGCCUUGCUCCAUUGCUUCGCCCCUUGCCUUUGGCCAGUGGACUCGUCUUCAUGCGCGGGGGCCGAGACGCGAGCACUCGAGCUAGCUAGGUAUCCAUCCCAUGGACGUGCGGCUUCUCACCACCGAGCGAGCAGGUGAGAAGUCAACCCAGAGAUGGAAAACUUCAUCCUGUAUGAGGAGAUUGGCCGAGGAAGCAAGACUGUGGUCUACAAAGGGCGACGGAAGGGGACCAUCAAUUUUGUAGCUAUUCUUUGUACUGAUAAGUGCAGGAGGCCUGAAAUAACCAAUUGGGUCCGUCUGACCCAUGAAAUUAAACACAAGAACAUUGUAACUUUUCAUGAAUGGUAUGAAACCAGCAAUCAUCUCUGGCUAGUUGUGGAACUCUGCACAGGUGGUUCAUUAGAAAUGGUUAUUGCUCAAGAUGAAAAUCUCCCAGAAGAUGUAGUGAGAGAAUUUGGAAUUGACCUGCUGACUGGAUUACAUCAUCUUCAUCAACUUGGCAUUCUCUUUUGUGACAUUUCUCCUGGGAAGAUACUCUUGGAAGGGCCCGGAACACUGAAGUUUAGUAAUUUUUGCUUGGCCAAAGUGGAAGGUGAAAAUUUGGAAGAGUUCUUCACCUUGGUGGCAGCAGAAGAAGGAGGAGGUGACAGCGGGGAAAAUGUAGUGAAGAAAAACAUGAAAAGUAGAGUGAAAGGAUCUCUUAUCUACACAGCUCCAGAAAUUGUGAGGGGUACCGACUUCUCCAUCACCAGUGACCUCUGGUCCUUGGGCUGCCUGCUCUAUGAAAUGUUUUCAGGAAAGCCUCCAUUCUUCUCAGAAUGUGUCUCAGAACUAAUUGAAAAGAUUUGUUAUGAAGAUCCUUUGCCACCUAUUCCAAAAGAUUCUUCUUGUCCUAAAGCUUCUUCAGAUUUUAUUAAUUUGCUUGAUGGUUUGCUUCAAAAAGACCCUCAGAAAAGACUGACUUGGGCAGACCUGCUGCAGCAUUCAUUUUGGAAGGAUGCUUUUGCUAGAAGUGAUCAGGACUCAAGCACUGAGGAUUCCAACGUCAGCAGAAACACGGAAUAUUCUGGGUCCCAAGAUGCCACAGAGCUUCUGAAGAGCCCUCAAGGUGGACAGGCAAAGGGGGAGAAGAGUGGGCAGCGACUCAGUCACUCUUUCAGGCUAGAAAAUCCUUCUGAGUUGCGGCCUAAGAGUGCCCUUGGGGGUCAAUUGAAUGAGUCCAUGUUUCUUCUAAGUUCUCGUCCUACUCCAAGAACCAGCACUGCAGUGACGUUAAGUCCUGGUGAUGCUGUGACUCAGAAUUCACCACAGAAGACGUCUCCCUUGACCAAAACUGCAAGUGGCCACGUGAGUCAGCAGGAUCUGGAGUCCCGGAUGAGAGAGCUUAUCUACACAGACUCAGACCUCGUCAUCACCCCAAUCAUUGACAAUCCGAAGAUAAUGAAACAACCACCAAUUAAGUACGAUCCAAAAAUAUUGCAUCUACCAGCACAUUCAGUGGAUAAAUUAGUAUUUCUGGAAGACCAGGAUUGGAAUGAUUUUCUGCAACAAGUGUGCUCGCAGAUCGACUCCACGGAGAAGAGUACGGGGGCCUUGCGAGCCAAGCUGAAUCUCCUCUGCUACCUGUGUGUGGUAGCCGGGCACAGAGAGGUGGCCCCCAGGCUCCUCCACUCGCCCCUGUUCCAGUUGCUAAUCCAGCAUUUGCGAAUAGCUCCAAACUGGGAUAUAAGGGCCAAGGUCGCUCGGGUGAUUGGUUUACUGGCCUCGCACACAAGUGAGCUCCAGGAAAAUGCACCUGUUAUUGAGGCAAUCACUCUUUUAACUGAAUUAAUCAGGGAAAAUUUCAGGAACAGCAAAUUAAAACAGUGCCUUUUACCAACCCUGGGAGAGCUGAUCUAUCUUAUCGCCACCGAGGAAGAAAAAAAAAAGAACCCCCGAGAAUGCUGGGCUGUUCCCUUGGCUGCAUACACGGUGCUAAUGAGGUGCCUUCGGGAAGGGGAAGAACGUGUUGUGAAUCACAUGGCGGCAAAGAUCAUUGAAAAUGUCUGCACUACGUUUUCUGCUCAGGCCCAGGGCUUCAUCACUGGGGAGAUUGGACCUGUUUUAUGGUACCUAUUCAAACAUUCCACGGUUGAUUCUCUUAGGAUAACAGCAAUAUCGGCCUUGUGCAGAAUCACUCGCCAUUCUCCUACUGCCUUCCAGAAUGUCAUUGAGAAGGUGGGACUGACCUCGGUAAUACACUCCCUGGCCUCUGCCAUCUGCAAAGUCCAGCAGUACAUGUUGACCUUAUUCAGUGCAAUGCUGUCCUGUGGGAUUCAUCUUCAGAGGCUAAUCCAAGAAAAGGACUUUGUCUCUACAAUUAUCCGUUUACUGGACAGUCCCUCCACUUCCAUUAGAGCCAAAGCCUUUCUGGUUCUAUUAUAUAUUUUGAUUCAUAACCAUGAGAUGCUGCUGCUCAGCUGCCAAGCCAGACUGGUGAUGUACAUCGAGAGAGACAGCAGAAAGACCACUCCAGGCAAGGAGCAGCAGAGCGGCAAUGAAUACCUGUCCCGAUGCCUUGACCUGCUCAUCCGUCACUUGGUGCAGGAGCUGCCACGUAUCCUGGGUGACAUUCUUAACGCCCUGGCUAACGUUUCUGGUCGUAAACACCCAUCCACAGUUCAAGCGAAGCAGCUGAAGAUGUGUCUCCCCCUCAUGCCUGUAGUGCUUCACCUGGUAACAUCUCAGGUAUUUCGACCUCAAGUUGUAACGGAAGAGUUCCUUUUCAGUUACGGAACUAUUCUUAGUCAUAUUAAAUCUAUAGACUCAGGAGAAACUAACAUAGAUGGAGCUGUAGGAAUGAUGGCAUCAGAAGAAUUUAUCAAGAUCACGCUGUCGGCUUUUGAAGCAGUGAUACAGUAUCCUAUUUUAUUGAAAGACUAUUGCUCUACGGUGGUUGAUUAUAUCCUGCCCCCCUUGGUGUCACUGGUUCAAAGCCAGAAUGUGGAAUGGAGACUCUUCAGCUUGCGGCUACUCUCAGAAACCACGUCUCUGCUUGUGAACCAGGAGCCUGACAACAGCAAGGAGGUGGUGCAUGUCGACUCUGACAACAAUCUUCUGGCUCUAAUUAGAGACGUCUUACUUCCCCAGUAUGAACACAUCUUCACGGAGCCGGACCCUGUGCCAGCAUAUGCUCUGAAGCUGCUGGUUGCCAUGACUGAACACAACCCAACUUUUACCAGACUUGUGGAAGACAGCAAACUGAUCUCACGCAUUUUUGAAGUAAUUCUGGAACAUCAGGAGAACAUUCUGGGUAACACCAUGCAAAGUGUGGUUGCAUUGCUCAACAAUCUUGUUGCCUGCAAAGAUUCGAAUAUGAAGCUACUUUACGAGCAAGGACUGGUCCGUCACGUCUGUAACCUGUUCACUGAGACUGCCACACUGUGUUUGGAUGUGGACAACAAAAACAACAACGAGACUGCAGCCGCCCUGCUGUUCUCCCUGUUAGACAUUCUGCAUGGCAUGCUGACCUACACUUCCGGAGUCGUGCGGCUGGCUCUGCAGGCACAGAAAUCCGGCUCAGGAGGGAGCACUCAGGCCGCGGAAGACUUGCUGCUGCUCGGCAAGCCUCUCAUAGACCUCGUCAGCCUGCUCAUCCCGCUGCUUCCUAACGAGGAUCCUGAAAUUUUUGAAGUUUCAUCCAAGUGUCUGUCUAUACUGGUUCAGUUGUAUGGAGGGGAAAAUCCAGAGAGCCUGUCUCCUGAAAAUGCAGAGACCUUCGCUGAUUUACUGACAUCCAAAGAGGACCCAAAGGACCAGAAGCUUCUGUUGAGGAUUCUCAGAAGAAUGAUCACCUCCAACGAGAAGCACCUGGAGAGUCUCAAGAGCGCAGGGAGCCUCCUGCAGGCUCUGGAGGGGCUGGCCCCGGCCGGGAGGUCAUCAGCCAACAGCGCAGUGGCGUCCUUGGCCCUGGAGAUCCUCCAAGCUGCUGGACGCUAGGCAAGAAGGCACUCAGCACAGCCUCUCUGCGGUCCCUACCCCCGGCUACACACACUCCACAGGUCACCACACCCACAGUGUGGGUCCAAUAAAGUCAGCUGAAUCCAGAACCUCUGGCUGAGAUGCUCUGACUCCAGCCCUAGAAAACCCACUCAGAACAAGCCUUCUCGGUGCCUGCUGGAUGCAUCUGGGAACCCCAGGUUUGUUCUCAGAAUGCUCUCCUGCUGUGUGUGGGCUAGGUAGGCCUCUGCGCAUCAAAGUGGAGGGAAGCUGCGGGCAUCUCCCACCCUCAGUCUCCUCCAGAGAUUUACCAGGCGGGACGAUGCAGGAAUGCUCCUCCAGCUACAGAUCUAGAGCAAGCCUUUGGAAGCUUGUUUUAUUUUACCUGCCUGGGUUUUCAUUUCAGGAAUGAACUGAUUCUAAGAAUCCUGGGGAGAAAUGGGCAAGACUCCACUCACAGGAGCAGGUAGUUAAAACUCUGCCUAAAGGAAUGCAGAAUGCUCAAGGAAUGCUGGCUUCCUGGCAGGUCUGCUCACCUAGGUGGGAUGAAGGCAUCGUGGUAGACUCCUUCCCCCGCCUUCCACCAGUGACCACCACCUCCCAGCCUCAAAACCUUCCCAGCUUCUAUCUCAACACAUACACCCUUAACACCCCCGACACUGCGGAAGGGUGCUAGGACUGCAGCACUGGGGGGCAGGGUGGGGGGAAGAUCCUGGGCGGCUGGAACCAGGUGAGCAAGUUGAGAACGUUCCUUGGCCUCCUUUCUGGGGCUGGUUCCUUCACACUGCAGAAUGAAAGGGCUAGACUAGAUCAGCAGCGGCAGUGCCCCAGACUUCUCGGACAGAGGAGCCCCGUCCUGACGGGCUUCUGUGCCCGGUCACAGCCCCUGUGCAGGCAGGAUGGGCAGGCAGGCAGGAGCUACGCAGGCAUGAAUACUGGAGUGGGAUCUUUGCGACCUACGGAUCAAACCCAGGUCUCCUGCAUUGCAGGAUUCUUUACCAUCAGAGCCCCCAGGGAAGCCCCUUGGGCACACAGGAGGCUCCAUCUACUGUGCCACAGGAAGCUGGUCACACUGUCACCAACAGCCUCAUGGGCUGCUGUGAUCUGGGUAGUGUGCCAGCUUCCAUGUGGCUUUGCAGUGAACAGACGCCCUGUGCCCUCCUCCACAAAGGCAUGGAUGUAACUUACCUUAUUUAAACCCCACCACCUGCCAAGCACACCUUCUUAUCUCCAUCUCAUAGCAGAGG